CAAACAGGACUCAGACCGAGCCCCAGACUAGGACCCAGACCGAGUCCCAGGCAGCAGACGACAUAAACAAACGAGAGGAAGGGAGGGAGUGCGUCCAUCGCCAACACAGAUUAUUAGAUGAUUAAACGUGGUGAUAAAAGACUCCAGUGUAACACAGCACCACUGGAGUGGAUGUUCCCGGCAUGCCUUUGAUAAGCCAUGUGGUGGUGCUCCUUGCCACCUGCCUGCUCGCUACACCACAUGCCACACACACCCUUCCACAGCAGAAUGCCAGCAGUGCCACACCUCCUCCCUCUACCACACUCCCCUCGGCUGCCACCACCAUACCCCUGCAGAAUGAUACCACGAAAGCCCCACGAGUGACCAAGCCAGCGCCACAGUUGGAGAACGACACAGCACCAGCCACAGAAGAACCGACCACAGUCACCACACCCAAGCCCACCACAGUCAUCACCACACCACACACGGACAUCCCAGACACCACUUUACCCAUCACGACACCACCUCCUACGAUCCCACCCACUGAAAUCACCACAACUGUCAACACCACCACCACCACUACCACCACUACUACCACACAGCCAGACACCACAACACCAGCCCCCACUACAACUACUGUCACCACCACACCACAGGACAACACAACAAAUACACCUGAUCCUGGCCAUACCACACUGCCUCCUCCUCCACCAGGCUCCACAGACAGCUCUCCCUCCACCAUCAUCACCACCAAUGCUCCACCAGGCCCUCAUCCUGGAGUCUCAGUGGCCAUUAGCCUUUUCAUCCUUGUGACUGUGAUCUUGGUGAUUGGGGCGAGUGUGUGGUGGGUGCGGCGGCGGUGGCAGCUGGAGCGCCUCAGACACCAGCUCAUGCCUGUGUACAACUUUGACCCCACCGAUGACGUGGAUGACUGGGAGAAUCAGCUGCUGGAGGAGGAGCGUUCCCUGAGACCUGAGGCUGAUAAGGUGCAGCUAUACUCUGGCAAUGCUACUUUUGAGGCCAGCCAGAAGCCUCCCAGCAGCACCUCUCAGAAGGAAUGACACUGCUGAGACCUGAAGCAUCCCUUAUUUGCUGUGGAGGAGUGACGGCAUGAGUUAAGCUGCUCAAGUUCUCAUACUGGUGGCCGCAUCUCCCCCUGGCCGGCAGCCCCCACACACACAGAGGGUGAGGGCACACACAGUCCCCACUGCCCCCAUGCUGCCGGAACUCAGCACCCUGAUUGGCAGUAGUCAGACAUGUUGCCUUGUGAUUGGUCCCUUGUGGUAUACUAACAGUGGUGUUGUGUGUGUCAAGUUGCAGGUUGUUGUGUUUGUUUUAGCAGCGCCGGUUGUUGUCCAGGAAGUGUUGUGCCACCGCCACCAGGCCAGUAGAUUACGUGUUACGUAUUUCUGUAGCUCCGGUCACACGGUAAUGUCUGCCACUUAAUUAUUUAAUUACUUCACGUGAGAAACUUAAGAGAAAAUAUGAGGUUUGAGUUUGUAAUGAGUGUAUACAUGCAUAAGUGUAUAUUAAGGUGACAAACACUUAUUUUUGAUUAAUUUAUGUAAUUCCAGAUUCACGGCUUUUAAAGACUUUACUUCAGUGAUAAGCAAUAAGUUAUUUGUAAAAGAAAUUACUUAAGCAGAGGUAAUUGUACUCCUGAUACUUGCUUGAUUAUCAGGUGUGUGUAUGUACAAUGUGACCGUAUUCUGUCAAGAAGGAGGAUGAGUGAGUAGAGAAAACAGUGUGUGUGUGUCUUUGUGCUGGUAGAAUUGGUCACAGCCGUUGGAACGCCUCACAGUUUCAAUGUUAGGAACACUACACGUUUUCUCAGAUACCGUACCGUACAUGUGAUACUUUCCCCUAGUCUGAAUGGGCCGUCACCGUAGCAGUCUAUUAUUGUUUGUAUCCCAAAAGAGAAGAGUUGUGUCUUGCCUCCAGCCAGUCCUAUCUUCCUGAGUCCUGCAGCCCUCUUGGAUGUACCUCAUUUGUGGCAUAACAUCUCUUGUGACUUAUUGGUGGCAGACUCAGGCUAUUUACACUGGCUGCUUGGUGCAUGUAUAUAGAGAAUGAUGUUAAAGACAGCCUGAGAUAUACAUGGCCAUCCUAACAGUAACUGUAGAAGUGCAUGACCAUCCUUUAUAUAACUCAUUCAUAAGGUUGCGGUGGGUAGGACUCAGGAGCAAGCGAGGCAGGAUGCAACUCCUGUUUACAUCUGUGCAGCCACUCUCAGAGGAGCUUUAGUUGUUGAUAUUGCCAAGGAGAGGAUUUGUGUGUGUGUGUGUGUGUGUGUGUGUGUGUGUGUGUGUCUGUGUGUGGUGUGCAAGGUACAGCUGGUGGUGCUCUCUCUGGAAGCAAUGUGUCUUCAUUCAUGCCCAGCAAAGGGUGGAUUAACUGUGCUAAAGUGUUUCUGUUGUCUUGAUCUUGUCUGCAGGUGAAUCUCUGUUUAUGAAUGAGUCCCAAUGCUCACUCUGUUUAUGAAUGACUCACGGUGCUCACUAACUGCCUAUAAAGUAAAAAUUGCAAGUUGGGUCUGGUGUAGAUGGCAUUUUUUUCCAUUUAAUACAUUUUCGUUUUCUCAUAUAAUUUUUAAAGAGUUUUAAUCAUUAAUACAAAAUCUACUCAUAAAUUGCAUCAAAGAACAUUGAUUUAUUUGUGUACUACAGUAUACAUUCUACACCAUGAUUUUAUACCAGGCUGAAAUUACCUUCAAAGGAAGUUAGGUUACAUAAGAUAUGUCUAAACUCAUCACAAGAAUAGAAAUACAGAAGAGGAAGUUUCCAGUUCCCUCACUUCCUCCUCUUCUUGUUGCCUUUCACAUUGUACAAGAAGUGCAUUUGCAGUGUUCCCUCAUGCCAGCCAUCCCCUGUGCCAUAGCAGGACUCCAAACAUUUGUAAAGGGAGAUUCACCUGCAUUCCUUGGUGUGUUCUGAGGUGCUGAGAUGAUGUGGUGAUGUGAGUCUGCUGCAUCUGAACCCAGGCUGCCCUCACCUCCACCUUAGCACCUCCCUGAUGCCCCAAUGCUCUCUCAGUUGCUCUUGGCCACAGCAACCUUGUCCAUGCACCACAUCCUUUCCUGCUUCUUUGUUUUUCUUAUUCUUAUUUGUUGAGCUUCAUUAUCAUCACACUGCAUGCAUAUCUCCAGGAAUGUAUAUUUGAUUUUUUAGUAUCAUGAAGUGCAGUCCUCAUUUUGCUGAUACAAGUAUUAUUUUUAUGUGUGUGUGUGUGUGUGUGUGUGUGUGUGUGUGUGUGUGUGUGUGUGUGUGUGUGUGUGUGUGUGUGUCUCAGUGUAUGGCAGCUGUGUUGCAUGCACAUUGAUUCUGGUAUUUUUUUAUAAUGCAGUGUCCCUUUCUUAUCAACAACAUAAAAUGUAUUUUGUUUUGUGUGUGCAUUCACACUGCACAGUUGUGGGAGGAAUUACUGACACAUGAUGUACCACAGCUUGUGUUUACAAACACUGGAUAAAAAUUACUCAUAACUGAAUAUCUCUCAGUCAUAAAUUGGCUUUGGUACUUCCACUUCAUAAUUCCAUUCAGAUUCUCUCUCUCUCUCUCUCUCUCUCUCUCUCUCUCUCUCUCUCUCUCUCUCUCUCUCUCUCUCUCUCUCUCUCUCUCUCUCUCUCUCUCUCUCUCUCUCUCUCUCUCUCUCUCUCUCUCUCUCUCUCUCUCUCUCUCUCUCUCUCUCUCUCUCUCUCUCACAAGUGUGGCAGACAUUGCAUCCACAGCUGUGCACAUGAUGGUUUAGUCUACUUAAGGUAGUGGGGAAACUCCCUUUGCUGUGAUCUUAUAUUUAGUGUCUAGUCAGCUAGUUCUCUCUCAGCUCUGCCCUGCUCUGCCUACCACAGGCUGAGGCAGGGAGUGAGUGCAGCCAACACUCCUAUCCACUGCACACAGGGCAGCUCUUAUCUGGGGUGAGGCAGGGAAGGCCAUGCUAACUCAGCCAACCUCAGCCAAAUGCAUUAUUGAUAUUAUGUAUGUAUGCAUGUGUGUGAGCUGGAUGCAUUGCACAAGACUAUGUAGGAAUCCUGGCCAAUGAACACAGGUUCAGCCACAGUAACAGUAACACUUACACAGCAACCAAGAGACUCAACCAGUUAGGAGAUUUUUUACAUUGCCCAUAAGACUGUCCUUGAAGCUGCACAGUUCACUUAACUUGUUGUGCCUGCUUUCAUUCUAUAAUAAGAUGUGCUUUAGGGCAGUUUGAAAUAUCUUCUGUCCCCCAUGUACCAUGCAUCUGGCUGUGCCCUUGAGAGCCGCCUCCUUUGCAUAGGUUGUCAGUGGCCAUGGAGUGUUGUGCUACCCUCCCCCUUCACUAUCCCCGGUGCUGCAAGACCUCCUCACCUCCUUGGUCACCCCAUAUCACAUCGCCUCAAUAAGUUUAGCUUGUAACCAUUGCCUCCUGUAAGUCCAUGGUUGUGCAGAAUUGUAUUUUGGAGCUCUGAUUUUGCCUCUCUCACUUUCAUACCAUGGGAACUUUGUGUCUCCUGUGGAAUGUAUAAAUGGUUACAAAACUGUUUGCCUUACUGAUGGUUGGUCACUGUUGUAAGCUGAGUUCCCUCCAGGCUAUUAAGCUUUUGAUCUUUAUGGAUUAAGAGUGGCAGAGCUGCUGAUGCUAGACUUGUGGUGUGCUCCCUGGUCGUUGUUAACAGUUCUUGAAGGUUGCUUUUCUCCAGUAUUGGUUGUGAGCACUGCAGAUUUGGCUGUUGUUGAAGCUGUGGUGCCAUGUUGAAAGGUUGUUUAAAGAAAGGUUGAUCAAAUAAUUUACACACAGAAGUUUAUCAUGUUAAAAAGGAUCUGAAAUAUUUCUAGAGAAAUUUACUUAGCAGGGGUUUUGGUUGUCAUUAUAUUCAGAUCUGUUGAGAAGCUGAUAAUUAAUAUAAUUAUAUACUGUGUGUGUGUGUGUGUGUGUGUGAACUUGAGUGGCCAUAAUUUGUCUUGUGUACAGAAAUGUCAGUAUAACACUAAAGUAGCAUCGUGGUUCGUGUUCAUGAGUCCCACAACACAUCUACUCAAAACUAGCAUAAUGGGUGUGUCCAGUAUCAACUUAUUGUUUCUUAGUCAUUAUUUCUCAACUAUUGCCUACCACUGUGCAGCACCUGUCUGUCUGGUGACCCUUAGUGUGUCUGGCAUCAAGGGAGCUGCUCUACUUAAAUGUUUACAAUACAUGUUCCUCACUGGUGUGAUGUGCUGGCCUCCUGCAGUCCUCACCACACAAAGAGGCUGAGAAUAUUAUAGUAGUGGUCUGGCAGUGUACAUUUAUCUCCCUCCAGUGUAUAAUUUGACAGUUCUCUUGCUGUGAUUCAAACUUUUUUUUACCUUGGAAAGAUCAUAGCAAAAAAAAAAAAAAAAAAAAAAAACUCAAUCUUUUUGGCACAAGUCUAUAUGAUUCUUACUACCUAUUCGUACAUCCUUGUACAACAUUAUAGUAGCUGGUUAUGUUGUGUGUAAGUGUGUACGUGCGUGACCACGAGCUCUCUGUACUGUUUGUUAGUGGCUCCCCUCACAACCACCACCACCCAAGUCCCUGUUCAGGUUCUAGAGGGCCACAUGCUGGUCCUGGUGUGGCUGCCUCAUCUGGAUACUUAGGUGCUGUCACUUUACCUCGGGAUUGCAAGAUGUUCUUCUGGUGUUGACUGUGGCAGUGAAUCCCUGUGAUGAAACACUCACAGUUACACAUGAUGACUGGAACAGGAAACUCAUGUCUGCUGUUGUGCACAUUAGGAAUCGAAUUAAUGGAAUCAGUGUGAUAAAAAUAGUUGUAAUGAAGCCACAGUGGUAUUCUCACUGUACGAUUUUACUGCAAAUAUUUCAGUUUCUGUGGUAAUAAACACCAACUACACAGUUUAGUAUUACUUUGGUGGGAAAUUAGGUAAUAUUUUUUUUGGCCUUGUAGUGCUCCUUUCCUCCAUUGUUUCUUGAUCAGUACAACUGGUAUCAGUCAGUAUUUUCUUUAUUUAUCAUAAGUUCUCACUCAGUGUGAUUUCAGGGUAUUCCAUUGUUAAUUGUAUGUGUAAGAUCAGAGCAAAUAUCGACUGAGAUCUAUGUGAUAAUCUUGUCCUAUCAGAAAAGACAUAUCAUUUGAGCUCAAUCAUUCCUGAUGAGUAAAAUUACAUUAGUUAAUUAUAGGGUGUACAUUUUGUUUGUGUCAGUUGUUGGUGCACUCCAGACCAGAUGAAGGGAGUGUGAGGGAGAGGCUCCUAGUCAGUCAACAUUUGUGAAUUUCCUUCCCUAGUGAUGGAGUUGGUCUUGAAUUAACUUUUUCCACUUGUAAGCGAACUUUGGCUGCCUUGAGUGCACCCCAUGAAGAUGACAUUGAUGUGUGCAUGUGUGUGUGUGUCUUGCCUAAACAAUCUGUCAGAUGAUUGGCAUGUCCUGUAUUUCAUAAGAAGUCUUCCAAAUUUUGACUUAACAUCAUCCUGUACACUUGGCCCCUGCUGUGUUGCUGCUGCAGGCCCCCAGUGUAUAGCUUCACUCCAUCUCUGUUACUCUGACCAUCACAGCCAGGUCACAGCCUCCUCAUGGCUAAGGCAAGUGGCAUGGGACAAUUUUAAUAUGUACUGGAAAGGUUGUGUUUGGUUAUAAUUUUGUAUUUGGGAUAUUUAAUGACAUCUUUGACUUUGUUUGCAGUAGGAUUUCAACUGGGGUAUCAAGAUAUUUUGAUGCCCAGUCGACUUGUAUACAGUUUCAAAGGGGAUGUAAACAGAUCUAUAAUUUUCAGGGGCUUGCCAUGGUAGAGGGAACACAUUGCCACAGUUUGGGCUCUGAGGAGGCUCUGGAAGCUGGCUGUGAUGGACAAAAGUGACACUCCUGUAAUGUUUCUCAGCUGGAAUGUUACAAAUGUAAAAGUGUGAUUUUUGAAGUAAACUUUGGUAGUUACUUGUGAGUUUCCACGUUAUAUAUUUUUUGUCACUUGUAGCCCCACACAACAGUAUCAUGUACAACUGCGGCUCAUUUGAAAUUUAAUAAUAUAUAUUAUGAAAGUAA